GUAAUAUUGCAUUAUGGCAGUCAAAUGAGAGCAAAAGUAUUUCCAGAAGCCAGAGACGAUCUCCAACCCACAACAGCUGCACUGGCCAGCACUUCUCACCCACAACCAACCAGCCAAGUAGCUCACACAACUUUAACAGCAAGAUCUGCAGAUGGUCACACUACCUCUCAAAUAGCUGUCACGACUUCCAAGUCUGAGACCCCAACAACCCAUACAAUCAUAAAAACUCCAGCAACAACUAUGUCAGCAACUACAGAAAGCAAGUCAUCCACCAGCCCAUUACUGCACACCCUCAUCACAACCCAGUCCACACCCAACAUCUUACACUUGACUCCUACAGUUACUGAUGUUACCAUCGGACCCAGUGCGGUUACACACUCACAACCAUCUACUGUCACUGCACCAGCCCCUGCAACUAUAAUCAGCCCAUCAACUGAAGAAACCACCCAAUCCAGUAACCAAACAACUUUGUCCACCACACCAUGCAACAGCACAAUCAGUCAGACACCAGGAACAACUACAGCUACACACAAUGCCACCCAAACAGCACCACCGACGCCCACGGUUCCUGGGCCCACCCUUGUACCACAGCCCUCACCAGCCAAGACCGGAAUUUAUCAAGUUCUGAAUGGAAGCAGACUCUGUAUAAAAGCAGAGCUGGGGAUAGAGCUGAUUGUUCAAGACAAGGAAUCGGUUUUUACACCACAAAAAUACUUCUUCAACAUCAACCCCAAUGUGACCCGAGCCUCUGGAAACUGUGGCUCCCGAAAAUCCAACCUCCUCUUGAAUUUCCAAGGCGGAUUUGUGAAUUUCACCUUUACCAAGGAUGAAAACUCAUAUUAUAUCAGUGAAGUGGGAGCCUAUCUGAGCGUCUCAAAUCCGGAGCGAAUUUACCAAGGAGUGCACAGUGCUAUGGUGUGGUUCGAGACAAUGAUCGGACAUUCCUUCAAGUGUGUGAGUGAACAGAGCAUCAAGCUGUCAACUUACCUUCAGUUGAAAACAAUGAAUGUCCAACUUCAAGCCUUUAAUUUUGAAAUAGACAACUUUGGAAAUGUGGAUGAGUGUUCUUCAGACUACACAAUUGUGCUUCCCGUGAUUGGGGCCAUCGUGCUGGGUCUCUGCGCUUUGGGUUUGAUUGUCUAUGGAAUCCGCCUAAGGCGCACGUCAUCUGGAUACCAGAGAAUCUGA